UUGGAAUCCAAAAAAGUUUAAUUUUUAUUUACCAUAACCAAUUUUCUGUCUUUUUCUUUUCUCUUCUGUCAACUGUUGUGUUAGACAGGUUAUCAAAAAUGGCCAAACGCACGAAAAAGGUUGGAAUCACUGGCAAAUAUGGCACACGUUACGGUGCCUCCCUCCGUAAGAUGGUCAAGAAGAUGGAAGUGACACAGCACGCUAAAUACACUUGCUCCUUCUGUGGAAAGGAUGCCAUGAAGCGUUCCUGUGUUGGUAUCUGGUCCUGCAAGCGCUGCAAGAGGACCGUAGCUGGAGGUGCCUGGGUGUUCUCCACCACCGCUGCCUCCUCCUGCCGAUCUGCUGUGCGAAGAUUGCGUGAAGUCAAGUAAACAGAUACUAGCAUAAGCCAAUAAAAGAAAAUCUAAAUUCA